CAACUAAAGGGGCGCCGCCAUUUUAACUUCCUGCUUCAAAAGAAGAAGAGCCAGUCGCACAGUAUUUGUUCUCGAAACGUUUUAUUGUUUAGCGUAACAUAAGGGUUUGUCUUGUUUAUUCUUUCUCACAGGGAUCAAACUAACUACCUCUAUUAGUUCCUCACAGCGUGUAUCGGUUAGUUUCAGCCGGAGAGUCGCAAUGCCGAGCCACCCGCUGCGUGUAGCGGUUGUGUGCUCGAGCAACCAGAACCGCAGUAUGGAAGCGCACAAUAUCCUCAGCAAACGUGGAUUUGAUGUGCGUUCAUUUGGGACAGGGUCUCAUGUGAAGCUACCCGGUCCUGCCCCAGAUAAGCCAAAUGUGUAUGACUUCAAAACGACAUAUGUACAGAUGUACAACGACUUGGUCCGCAAGGACAAGGAACUAUACACACAGAACGGUAUCCUGCACAUGCUGGACCGCAACAAGCGCAUCAAAUCAAAGCCGGAGCGCUUUCAAAACUGCAAGGAUAAGUUUGACCUGGUCAUCACCUGUGAAGAGAGAGUCUAUGACCAAGUGCUGGAGGAUCUGAAUUCAAGAGAGCAGGAGACUCUACAGCCUGUGCACGUCAUCAACGUAGACAUUCAGGAUAACCACGAGGAAGCCACGCUGGGUGCUUUCCUUAUCUGUGAGCUGUGUCAAUGUAUCCAGCACACUGACGACAUGGAGAAUGAAAUUGAUGAGCUUCUACAAGAGUUCGAGGAGAAGAGCAACAGGCCUUUUCUUCACACUGUCUGUUUCUACUGAUACUCAAUAGAAAUUUGCAAUAAACACAGACCCAGACCACAAGCAAUCAAACAACAGUAUAUGGAUGCACACACUUGAUACUCCUCAAUCAUUUACAACCCAGUACAUACACAUUGUGUGCCUACACACACACACACACACACACAGCUUUGGGUCAGGACCUAACAAAUGGCUGCUGUUGGACAUAUUGGUGAUGAUGGGUUUUUCCUCUAUGCAGAGGACGGACUCGCUGCUCUUGCUCUGCCUUUAUUUCUCCGGAUCAAGGUCAGGCCAAGGUCCUCCCUCCAUCCCAGUCAAGUGAAAUCACUCAACCAUGUCUCCUCAGGGAGAGCCGUAACACCCACGCCCCUGAUUCAACAACUCCUUUACAAGUCUCUCUGAUUUACAGCCUAUUGAUGCUGAUUUUUUUUUCUCCAGAAGAUAUAUAAUUGUAAUUCAUUUAAGCAUAUAUGUCAGACUUUUAUUCCUGACCUGGGACAGUGUAAAUGUGUUUCUUGGGGUCAGACAUGGACGAGAAUUAAUUGAACUGAAUGAGUGUUUUUGUGCGACUAUGUGUUGUAGAUUAGAUAGGAUUAAGUUAAAGUGGGUGGGCUAAUAAUGAAUAACCAAACCUAGACCUCUCUGAGGCACUCCUCCAGUGUGUUUCCAAUAUAAUGUGUUGAUUCAUAUUUAAAUUUGGAUAUGCUAUUUUUCAGGGCAUAGUAUUUUUUUUUUCUUUUGUAAAUGUUAAAGAAUUGAAGCAUUGUAAUUAUUUGCAAACUGCGAGCUCAGCUCAGAGUGCCUGAUUUUUCUGUGUACAUAUGAAUCCACUAAAGAAAGAAGCAUCUCUAA